AUGUCUAUUCUCACCUUGUCGUCUCUCCCGGACCCCAUUCUACAUCUAAUAUGUGUCUACCUCGCGCCUGACCGACCCACUAUCAACGACGAUGAACACGGCCAAUGCCCGACCCUCUACCGUCCUAUCAUCAGCCUCUCCUUGACCGCACACUCACUUAAUCGCAUUUCCUCGAGAUACAUCGCGACCAACAUCAGUCUCACAGAUACAUGCGCGCGCUGGGAUCUGUUCCUACGCACCGUAACGACGAACCCUAUCUACGCGUCGAACGUCAAAUACCUAAGACUUAAAGAGAGCUCGGUCGAAGAAGAUAUUGGAAUGUCAAACGAAAACUCAGCUGAAGAAGAGAUUGAGAAAUCGCCUUCGAAAUACCAAUAUGAAUACAUCGCAGACAUGUUCAGGGCGUUGACCGGCUUAGAGGCGAUGUAUGUACAUUAUGGCAUAUCGGCAUAUGCUGCUCAUAUCGUACACUGUCUUACGCACAAGCCGCUGCCGCUAUGGGAUACGAUACGAGUGGUGCGCUUUGAUAACACAAACGCCUGGGACGAGGAGUGCGUUGUGCAAUUCGAUCUCAAGCGCAAAGAGGAAGGAGAAGAGGAAAGCACAUACCGCAAAUACACUACGGGGACAGAGCAACUCAAUGGGAACCUAGAAGGCUUGAACAUGACCAAAUUUCUGGAAAUUCCGAACGUUACUGGCGUCAUCGCCACAACUCGCGACUUCGAGAACGAUGGCGAUGACCAGGACGACGCGGACUGGGCGGACGAAGGCGAGGAGGGAAUAGAUGACGACAGCGAUGGGUGGAGUGAGCGUGACUACGAAGACGAUAGCGAAGACAGUGAUUGGGAUUCUGAGGAUGAGAGCGAUUACGAAGAUGAUUGGGAAGCUGAGUACGGAUUCGUUGUACCAAAGGCUGAACCGGUAAAAGAUCUACCGGUUCCGAACACUGCGGUUGUAGUUCCUGGCAAAAGUCUUCUAGAUUUUUGA